GUGCACAUACCAAUUUCGCCUGCACCCACACCUGAUACCACACCACCACUCCCCCCAUCUUUUUUUUUUUCUUCCUCUUUUCGCCCCCAAAAAAAACCACCACGCUCUUCGCCUCCUCCCUCCCUCCCCCACCCCCGUCAAAGCGAGAGCUCCGUAUCACCGGCCUCUUUCCCUUCCCUUCCCCUCCGAUCCAAUCCCCCCUUCUCCUCCUCGCGGCGCUCGCUGAGCAUGGCGGCGGAGGGGGAGGCCAAGAAGGACAGCGCCAGCAACCCUCCCGGGGGAGGAGGCGGCGGAGGUGGAGGGGAGGAGGAGGAGGAUAGCAGCCUGGCUGUCGGGGAGGCGGCGGUCGGGGUGGGCGAGGCUGGUGGAGGAGGAGGAGGAGGGGAGAAGGCGGAUCGAGAGGAGGAGGAGGGGAAGGAGGAUGUGGAGGAGGGCGGCGUGUGUAAGGAUCUGGUGCUCGUCGAGGACGCCGUCCCCGUCGAGGAUCCGGAGGAAGCCGCAGCAACUGCAGCACUUCAGGAAGAAAUGAAAGCGCUCGUUGAAUCCGUCCCAGUUGGUGCUGGGGCGGCAUUCACCGCGAUGCAACUACAGGAGCUUGAGCAGCAAUCUCGUGUCUACCAGUAUAUGGCUGCCCGUGUGCCUGUGCCUACUCAUCUCGUCUUCCCAAUAUGGAAGAGUGUUACUGGUGCAUCUUCUGAAGGCGCCCAGAAGUACCCGACAUUGAUGGGGUUGGCAACACUCUGCUUGGACUUUGGAAAGAACCCAGAACCAGAACCUGGGAGGUGCCGGCGAACUGAUGGAAAGAAGUGGCGGUGCUGGAGAAAUGCAAUUGCAAAUGAGAAAUAUUGCGAACGCCAUAUGCACCGUGGCCGCAAGCGUCCUGUACAGCUUGUUGUCGAGGAUGACGAGCCUGAUUCUACCUCAGGGUCGAAACCAGCAUCUGGCAAGGCCACCGAAGGUGGCAAGAAGACUGAUGACAAGAGCUCAAGUAGCAAGAAGCUUGCAGUGGCAGCACCAGCUGCUGUGGAGUCUACAUGAUUGAUGCAGCAUUUAGGAGCUGCAUAAAGAGCAUAACUGUGCUGGCAAUUAGAGUUCGCUUCUUAUUGUAAUCCUGAAAAGACUGUAGUCUGGUCUAGCUAUAACCUCAUCAAGCAAGAAAAGUGUCUGUGGAAAGAAGCCACAAAAACUUUCAUUUAGCUGUCACUGAAAUUUUCAGUUUAGGUGUAUAGUUUGAUUUAGCUUUGCCGUGCCCUCUGCCUUCAGGCAGAUGAGCGGCAUUAUUGGAUAAAUCCUCUCUGACUGACAAUAUCGCAUUGUGACUCAAGAAGCCGAUGGAAGGAUCUGCGAGACUAGAUACGAAGCUAUUUGUUGUGUAUCAUUUUAUAUGGCCUGCACAAUUGUGUGAUUUUGUCAGUUGCAUAACAUGUGGAAGAUCCAUAAUUUUAUGCACUAUGGAGAUUCAAUUACCUUCCUGAA